AUGUCUGUGAGUCCACUAAACUUGCUCUUAGCAGGACCUCAUACAAAGAGUCACCCAGCUCACUGUGCCAGAGGAUCAGAGCUGAGAAUCAUUCUGGUGGGCAAAACGGGAACUGGCAAAAGUGCGACAGGGAACAGCAUCCUCCAGAAGCCAGCAUUUGAGUCCAGGCUGAGUGCCCGGUCCUUGACGCAGACUUGCAGUGAGAGUCGGGGCAGCUGGGGAGACAGAGAGGUGGUGGUUAUUGACACACCAGAUAUGUUUUGCGGCAAGCACCUCUCUGACUCCCUGUACCAAGAGGUGCAGAGGUGCUACCUGCUCUCUGCCCCAGGCCCCCACGUGCUGCUCCUGGUGACACAACUGGGCCGAUUCACCACGGAGGACCAGCAGGCUGUUCAGGGGGUGAAGGAGAUCUUCGGAGAGGGUGCCAUGAAGCACACAGUUAUUGUCUUCACCCGCAAGGAAGACCUCGAGGGAGGCUCCCUGAGGGAUUAUAUCCAAGGCUCAGACAACAGAGCCCUAAGCGAGCUGGUGGCAGCGUGUGGGGGGCGAGUGUGUGCCUUUGACAACCGUGCUACAGGGAGCAUCCGGGAUGACCACGUGAAGGAGCUCAUGGACUUGACUGAGAGCCUGGGGACAGUGGAAAGGGGUGACCACUACACUAACAGGCUGUACAGCCUUCUAACACAGUCAGACUGUGGGCCUGUACAGUCAGAGGAAAGACUGCAAGAUGUCAAAAGGAGCUUGGUAAAAUACAUGGAAAUUCAGAGACGUGGUACAAUCAUGGCCAAAGCGAACUGCCUGAGAAAAGCCCUAAUCCAAGCUGUGCUGAGUAUUGUAUGGUGUGCUCAGGUGUCUGCCGCAUUGCUCAUUCAGUUAUUUUGUGUAUUGCACAGGACGUGUGAUUUCUUUUGCCGCUUACCCUUUAGUAUGUGCAGUUUAUUCUGUAGUUUACUCUUAGUCGUACCCAAAAAAUUAGUGAUGAUUUUUAGAAAGACUGGUAGACUGGAAUGCAAGACUCCUGUGUCAUAGUUGCCAAUCAGUGCCUCUUCAUUCGCUGUCAUAUCCUGGGUAAGUUACAGUUGCCUGCCCCAGAUAGUCAGUGUCUGAUAUCGCAAAAUGUUUGAGAUUCUGUGAACUGUUUAGAUCUCAACCUCAUCCUAUUUGUUAAUGAAUCAAAUGAUUUUAAAAUUUCCUGUUUGUUUUGAAAUAUAAUACCAAAACCUUCUGAAAGUUAUAAACAUAAAAUUCCUCUCAUUUGCAAGUCUCUAUCUAAAGUCAGUUUUAUGCUCCUGAAAACUCCGUUUCUUCUUUAUACUAUCACUAUUUCUUCUGAAUAUAACAAAAA